AUGGGGGGCGGGCAACCGCAGCGGCGCCCCCCCUCGACUCUGGCGCAGGGCCUGGGGGGCGGGGGUCCGACCAUUCUCCGGCCGGGGCCGGGGGCUGCAGCCCCCUCCCGGCCGAGCCCGGCUGGCUGGUGGGAGUCGAGCUGGCUCGCUGGUUCGCUGGCUCGGCAGAGGCUCGUUUGCAUCGGGCCGGGGGGGCCGGGCUGCAGCCCCCCGCCCCCGCGCGGGGGGAGGGGAGGAGAGAGGGGAGGGGGGCUGGGCGGGGGCCGCCUGGCAUUGGCGGAGGCGGCCGGGCGGGGGGGCAGGAAGCGGCGGCGGGGGGGGGCGGCCCGGGGGGAGGGGAGGGGGGGCCGCGCAUCCUCGGCGGCGACGGCGGCAGCUGCGGGGGCGGGGGGCCGGGGCCGCACAAAGAAAGUGCAAACUUUGCGGGCCCGGGAGGCUGCGGGAGGCUGCGGGCGGCGGCCACGUGCGGGCGGCGGCAGCGCGGCCGGGCAGGGGGCGGCGGCGGCAGCGGCGGCGGCGCGGGCCGGGGGGGCCGGGCCGGCGGGCGGGGGGGUGUUGUUGGCCAAGUCGAGCCGAGCGGAGCCGAGUCGCGCCGCGCCGCGCGGCGGUGCAGCGCCCGCCCGCCGCCCGCCGCCUGCAGGCCAAGGCCGCCGGCCGCCUCCGCCUCGCGGCCCCGCGCCGCCCGCAGCCCCCGCAGCAGCGCAGGCCUCGGCCCCGGCCCGGCCUCCGAGGCGCGCGCCCAUCCCGCCGGGCCGGGCUCAGCUCGGCUCCCUUCACCGCGGCCUUUUGUUCCGUCCGCCUCCGCCUCCUCCGCCCGCCCGCCCGUCUCUUCCUGGCUUUGCAGCAGCCGCGGCCACCGCAUCUCGCGGGGAGGCCCAGGCAGCAGCGGCCCCAGCAGCGGCAGCAGAAGCCCCGGCGCGCGCGCCCCCCGCGGCGGUGGCGGCGGUGGCUGCGGCGGCAGCGGCCCGGGCCAAGGAGCGCGCGCUCCUCGCUCUCGGCAGCCGCGCGCCGGCGCCCCCUGCCGGCUGGAGGGGCCCAACCAGCCCCUGGCCAGGCCCGCCAGGCAGCCAGUCACCUGGGUGCCCCCAGAGCAAAGCUGAGCGGACUACAGACAGCCAGGAGGGAAAUAGGGAAGCAUCCAAGCAGCAGCAGCAGCAGCAACAGUAGCAACAGCAGC